GAAACGGUGAGCACGACUCGCCGGUCUUCAGAGAUAGGCCUAGAAACCAAGUAGAUUGAUACGACCUCGUUUAUGAUAGAUAGUACGCGCUUUCUUAUCAAUCGAUGAAAAUGAGUUGAAAAGCGCUUCAUAUUUGGACUGAUUUUCGGUGAUUGCGUUUCGCGCUGUAACGAAGUUUGACAUUGUAAUAUCUGUGGGGCAUAAUGACCCAAAAAAGUUAUCCGAGACGAACUCAAAACUUUAAGCAUCAAGACGUCGACGCACAUCACGGUCAGCCACAAAGUUUGGAGGACAACAACAACUACAGGCAGACAUCCAGAAUGAUGAGGAGUUUGAUAAGUUCCUGGAUCGUAAAGGUUUACUGGUUAUGGAUGUGUACACCGAGUGGUGUGGACCUUGCCUGGCUAUGGUUGGAAGCCUCAAAAAGAUAAAAUUGGAGUUGGGAGGAGAUAACUUGCAGUUGGCUAUUUGUAAGUCUGACACCAUACAGGCGCUUGAAAGAUUCCGGAACAAAAGCGAGCCGACAUGGCUAUUUGCUUCACAUGGAAAAAUUGUGAAUAUUAUGUUUGGGACAAAUGUUCCAAAACUAAUGCAACUCAUUGCGAAAGAGUUAGAAAUAGAAAUGGCAUAUGUUGAAAACAGAGGCCCAAGAACAUUUUAUGAGGCAGGGGAGCUGCUGCCAAUCGAGGAGGAACGUUUGAGCAUCAUCAUGGCCGCAGAGAAUGAAGCUUUACGAAUUGAAAAGGAAGAAGCUGAUCGAAAACGUCGCGAAUAUUUAAAAUUUGUGACGGACGAAAUUAUAACGAACUUGCCAGAAUGUGGCGUUACGAUAUUCGGUCCACAUGUCAACCGUGAUAUAUUCAAAAAAGUUAGUGAACAAGCUGAGGAUCUCGGCCUUUCCUGUCGCGAUCGGCGGGUGACUCAAAUAGUCCCAGAAAACAUCGAAGUGCUUCACUUUCAAUGUGAAAAUCCUCUCGACGAAGAUGUCCUUGACUACAUGUUCAAUAAGGAUGUUUUAAUCUGCAUGUGGAAAAUGGAGAAGCCUGAUGUGAUCAUUGAGGAAGCUUUGCAAACACUUACCGAUAAUCUUACUAAGCCUCAGCCUGUGUACGAUGACUAUGGAAUGGUUAUACCGGACCAGAAUAUUCCACCUAUGAUACAGGAGUUCGAAAUAGAACCAGCAAAAGAGAAAUCCGCAGCGGAAGCUAAGAAAGAGGAAUCAGCCAUUGAAGCACCAUCAGACGAAUUGGACUUACCCGAAAUGGGUUUGCAAAUGGCCUCGCUAGAAGAUACUGAAGCCCCACCAGAAGAAGGAGAAGGGCCCGUUCAAGAAGAUGAGAAAGCAGAACCAGUGCCGGAGAAGAGCAAAAGUGAUGCCGUUGCAAAACCUUCUGAAACAUCUGAAUCAGCUGUCAAAGUCAUCAUCCCUGGUGUCUGGACGCCAUCCAACAAAGUAACAAAUGCAGCCGCUAUAUAUGUAUAUUUUCGAACGCAAACAGACCCGUUUUUGCCGCCCGACCCAGUACCUGAUCCACCUCAUCUAGCUAUAGCCUUCGAGGCGUACAAGCGCAAGGAUGUUUUUGAGAUCUGUGAGCAGUACCAGGAUGCAAUUUUAUCCUAUGGAUAUUUCAGUAAUUCCGAUCCUGAAAAGGCUAAGCUUAUUGCAAAUUCUACUGCAAAAUAUGAGGCUCGAUCACAAAAUGUCGAGGAUAAACUAGUUCUUAAAGUAGCGAAAGUCACAAGCCAUGCUAUCUUAGCCCUAUCUGCGCAUGGACCAACGCAUGUCAGUCAGAACACGGUUGCAGGAAAGAGAGAGUGUCGUAAAUUCUUCCCAGAAGGAUAUAAGACCGGUGAAGAUGAAGCAUUAGAAUCAACUUCUCAGCUUGAUGCGGGUGAAAAGAAAAAGAAGAAGAAAAAGAAAAAGGCAGAGCCUAGCGAAGUUGGCACUUUGGUAUCCGACCAAGAGAUUACUCAAGAAAAUUUGGAUGGUGAGGGCGAAGAAGAACUAGGAGAAGAGCAACUUGCUGGCGAUGAUGCGGAUGCCGCCUGUGAAGGCGAUGUAUGUCCGCUUAGAGCUGCAGCAGAAGACGGGCCUCCUCAGGAGGCAGCAGGUGAGGAAAAUACUGCUCCAGAAAUCGCUGUUCAGGAUGCUGCUGUUCCACCUACUACUGUGUCAACGGGUACUGCUCCCCCAGCUACUACCCCCGAAGGCGCUACUGUUCCAGCUACACCAUCCAAGACCAGUGCUGCCCCAUCUGGUGCGCCAGAAGCAACUGCUUAACAAAUGAAUACCCCACUAGCCACUGCUUCAAAAAUUAGUAACGCUACUGCUGAAAAGGCUGAAGUAGAAUAAUACUAUGCGCUGUAAAUGAGGAGUCCAAAUUUUAUUGUCAGUUGUGUGUGUUAAAAAAUAUAUUCACUUCAAUGUAAA